AUGGCGUCCGUGAGACGCACGCAACUGGGCCUGCGCGCGCCUGGGCGCACGGUGUCGCAGGGCGCCAUGGCGAGCGCUGGUCCCUCGCGGGGGACAAAGGCGCCGCAGCGCGCCGUCUCGGCGUCCGACGUGCCGCGCCGGAGCGACGCGUCGAUGCGUGUGCUUUUGCGCGUACGCGGCACCGCUGCGGCAGGUGAGAGUGUUCUUGCGACCCACGGGACGCGCGGGACGGAUGUGGACGUGCUAGGCGACGUGCCUUCGUCGUCGCGGGGCGCGGCGCGCUCCCGGACCUACGGCUAUGACUGUGUGCUGAGCGCCGAGGCGGACCAAAAUAUGGUAUACUCGGAGGCCAUGCAGGGCGUGCUCGAGGAUGUGCUGCUAGGCUACAACUGUACCGUGUUUGCGUACGGGCAGACGGGCACGGGGAAAACGCAUACGAUGGAGGGCGACCUGUCCGAGUAUAUGGAGACGUUUGCGCCCGACGCGGGAGUCAUACCCCGCACCCUGUACCGCCUGUUCCACGUCCUGGAGACGCGCGGCGACGAUUAUGGUGUGAAGGUCUCACUCGUGGAGCUGUACAACGAAGAGCUGCGCGACCUCCUGAGCGAUGACGUAUCGAGUGCGCCUCUGCGUAUGUACGACGAUGCGCGGGGCCGGGGCGUCGUGCUCCAAGGACUCGAGGAGGUGCCACUCACGAGCGCAGCGCAUGGCCUGCGCCUCUUGCGCGAGGGCAGCCAGCGCCGGCACGUUGCGUCGACCAAGUGCAACCAGCAGUCGAGUCGAUCGCACUGUGUGUUCACACUGACCGUGCAUGUCAAAGAGUCGGGCGUGCGCGGCGAAGAGCUGAUGCGCACGGGCAAACUGAAUCUCGUGGAUCUGGCCGGCAGCGAGAGCAUAGGCCGCAGUGGCGCGGAGCACCAGCGCGCGCGCGAGGCGGGUCUCAUCAACCAGAGCCUACUGACGCUCGGCCGCGUGAUCCAUGCGCUGGUCGAAGGGAGCACGCAUAUCCCGUACCGCGAGUCGCGCCUCACGCGCCUACUACAGGACUCGCUCGGCGGCCGUGCCAAGACGUGCAUGAUCGCGACAGUGAGCGAUGACCGCCUGAACUUGGAGGAGACGCUCUCGACGCUCGAUUAUGCGCUGCGCGCCAAGUCCAUUAAGAACCGCCCGGAGGCAAACCAGCGCAUGACGCGUGCGGCCCUGCUGAAAGAGUACGUGGGCGAAAUCGACCGCCUGCGCAGCGAUCUCAGCGCGACGCGCACACAGACGGGCGUGUAUGUGAGCGAGGCGAAUUGGGCGCGCAUGGAGGCGGAGCAGGCGAGCCUCUGCAAGCAACUAGACGAGCAGCGCCGCGCGAACGAGGUGGCUACGAGCCGGCUCGCCAGCAUGCAGGAGCAGCUCGAGCAGAAUACGCGUGUGCUCGCGAAGCGCGAGGCCGACGCGGCGCGCGCCGAGGCCGAGCAGGCGGCGCGGCUGCACGAGCUAGAGCAGGCCCUGUGCCAUGCGGCCACACUCUCGACCACGCUGCAGGAGGAGACGCGUCUGCACCACGCGCAUGCGGCGAGUGAGCGCAAGCUCGACCAGGUCGCGCACGAGCUGCGGCAGCUUGCCGAGCAGGCAACGGACGACGUCCACGGGCUCUUUGCAAAGCUGGAGCGCCGCGCGAAGGCCGAUGCACAGGCGCGUGCCGCGCUUACCACACUGGCAGACGAGCUGCGCGAGACGCACGAGGCCGUCGCGGCAAGUGCCGCCGUCCAAGUCCCCGAGGCGCUCUCGCAGCUCGUGGACCAUGUAUCGCGCGAGCUGUGGGCGCUGCAGCAGGUGCUGGACGACCGGCUCGCCGCUGCUGCGCGCGCUGGCGACGACAGCGGCACGGCGCUGCGUGACGAGGUGGCACACGCCAUGAGCGAGUACGAGGCGCGCCUGCUGCACGCGCACGCCGAAGCCUGCGCAGCAUGGCAGACGGCGCAGGAGGCGCAUGUGGGCGAGGUCGCUGCGCUGCUGGCAGCGUCCGAGCGCAUGACCCAAAGCGUCGAUGCGCAUUUGUCGAAACUCCAUGGCCAGGCCAGCACGCUCCUGGCACACGCGCAGUCGAGCUCGGCGCGCGUGCGUGCGCAGUCGAGGGAGCAUGCCGAGGCGUGGGCGCAACAGCAGCAGGCCCUGCGGGGGGGGGCCGAGUCGAUGCGCGCUGCCAUGCUGGCUGCGAUGGACGCGUUUGUGCAGCAGCAAGUGCAGGCGAUGCAGCAGCAUGAGCAGGCCGCGCACGACACAUUCCGCGCAGCCAAGCCCGCGGACACGCAGGCGCUGUGUGCGUCGCACCGCACAGCCUGGGAGGCUGCGCAUGCCGACUUGUCGAGCGUGUCGAACGAGUUGUCGGACGCGUGUGUGGCCCUGCAUGCGAGUGCGCAGGACCUGGCGCCGCGUGCAGACGCGCACGACCAGCACUUUGCGCACGAGAUGGAGGCGGCUGCAGCGCAGUGGCGUGCCACCACGGGGCCCCUGUGGGAGCGCCACUCGUCUGUCGAGGCCGUGGCGCAGUCGGCGCAGGGCGCCGCGGACGAGGUGCGCACGACGCUGGCGGCGCUGGAUCUGCGCGCGGAAGCGUCGGCGGUCCUAGAGGCGGCGACGCACGUCCAGGACGCGUCGGGCGAGGCAGCGGAGCGCCUACAGCGCCUGCAGGGCCUCCUAGGGCCGCUCGCGCCCAUGCCCGAGGCGACGGGCGAGACGCCGCGGCGGCGCACGUGGUCGAUGCCCGUCUGGGACGUGGUGCCAUCGGACCGGACCGAGGCGCUCGCAUGCGGCGGCCAGUAG